UAUGCAAGGAUCAUUAUUUACAUUAGAAUUAGAAAAUUUCAAAUCUUUCAAAGGAAAACAAACUAUUGGGCCUUUCAAAAACUUUUCUGCAAUUAUUGGCCCCAAUGGAUCUGGAAAAUCAAAUCUUAUGGAUGCAAUUUCGUUUGUUUUGGGAGAAACUGCAAAAAAUUUGCGUGUUAAGAAACUUGCGGAUCUGGUUCAUGGUGUUAAUGUACAGGAUGCAGUUUCUAUAAACUGCAAAGUCAAAAUGAUGUUUCAUCAAGUAGAUGAUGAAGCGAAUGAAACAACAGAAAAAACAUUUCAAAGAUCAUUAACUGAAUUUCGUGUUGAUGAUCAAAAAGUUUCCGUUGGCGAGUAUCACAAAGAGCUUGAGAAGAUUAAUAUAUUUAUAAAGGCACGCAAUUUUCUUGUCUAUCAAGGUGCUGUUGAACAAAUUGCAAUGCAAGGUCCGAAGGAGAUGACUCAACUUUUUGAAGAACUUUCCAAGUCAUAUGAAUUACGAGAUGAUUAUGAACGUUUGAAACAAGAAAUGCAUGCUGCUGAAACAAAUGCCCAAGCUAAUCUUACGAGGAAGAAGGAUAUUGUUUUGGAAAUGCGCGAGGCAAAGCAAGAGCAAAUGGACGCUAAACGUUUUCAGAAUUUGAAGCAAGAUUUGGUAAAAAUAUUUUUCUGUGUGGGUUUUUGGGUCACUACUUGUCAGAGUGCGAACGGGACAGGAAUUUUGUACGUGAUUUUAAAGGAUCCCGCCUCGAACUCCCGGGUUUAA